AUGGGGCAUGGAGUCGAGAAGGAGUCAAGAAUUACAUGCCAGCUUUGGCAUUCGCUUAGGAGGCUCAGCACCCCUCUCCCAACCUCAACUGGCUCACCGGUGAAAGGGAGGGGAGAGGGUAAGGAAAUUGAGGCUUGGAGAAGUCAAGAGCCAGAAUCACUCCAGGGUUCCUUGAAAAGAAAACAGAUCGUUAACCUGUCUCCUGCCAACAGCAAGAGGCCCAAUGGCUUUGUCGACAACUCGUUCCUUGAUAUCAAAAGAAUCCGUGUCAGCGAAAAUCUCGCUGCAGGACCAGGGGGCCUCCCAGUAAAUAAUGGACAAAGUCAGAUGAUGUCGGGGACCUUGCCCAUGAGCCAAGCACCCCUGAGAAAGACUGCCACGCUGCCGCCCCCUCCUACCCACUCUCCUGGAAAUGGUCUGUUCAACAUGGGCUUAAAGGAAGUGAAGAAGGAGCCUGGAGAGACGCUGUCUUGCAGCAAGCACGGGGAUGGCCAAGUGACCCAGGAGAAUAUUUUCUCUAACAGGUACGGAGAUGAUCCCGGGGAGCAGCUGAUGGAUCCCGAACUGCAGGAGCUGUUUAACGAACUGACCAACAUAUCUGUGCCUCCCAUGAGUGACCUUGAGCUGGAGAACAUGAUCAAUGCCACCAUAAAGCAGGAUGACCCGUUUAACAUCGACUUGGGUCAGCAGAGCCAGAGGAGCACUCCCCGGCCGUCCUUGCCCCUGGAGAAGACGGUGAUCAAAAGCGAAUACUCCCCUGGCCUGACCCAGGGCCCUUCGGGCUCCCCGCAGUUGAGGCCCUCAUCCGCGGGGCCCCCAUUCUCCAUGGCCAGCUCGGGCCUCUCCACUUCAUCCCCGAUCCCGUCGGUCCCCCAGAGCCAGGCGCAGCCCCCGCCAGCCUCCGGAGCGGCCCGGGCCCUGCCCAGCUGGCAGGAAGUGUCCCACGCCCAGCAGCUCAAGCAGAUUGCCGCCAACAGGCAGCAGCACGUCCGGAUGCACCAGCAACAGCAGCAGCACCAGCCCGCCAGCUGGCCAGCCUUGCCCUCCUCGGCAGGGCCCUCCCCAGGUCCCUUCGGGCAGGAGAAAAUCCCCAGCCCCUCCUUCGGCCAGCAGCCGUUCAGCCCCCAGAGCACCACCAUGCCGGGGGUCGCAGGCGGCGGCAACCCGUCGAAGGUCAUGGCGAACUACCUGUACAAGGCCAGCCCCUCGGCCCAGGGGGGGCCGCUGGACGUGCUCCUGCAACCCAAGCCGCAGGACCUCAGCCGGAGCUUUCUGAGCAACCCGCACCCGGCCAUGGAGCCCCGGCACGGCAGCACCAAGCCUUUGUUCCAUUUCAACUCGGAUCAAGCCAACCAGCAGAUGCCUUCCGUGUUGCCUUCCCAGAGCAAGCCUUCACUCUUGCAUUACACCCAGCAGCAGCCGCAGCAGAGCUCCGUCACGGUGCAGCCACCGCAGCAGCAGCCGCAGCAGCCGCAACCGCAGCAGCAGCCGCAACAGCAGCCGCCGCCGCAGCAGCAGCCGCAGCCGCAGCCACCCGCGCAGCAGCCAGCGGCCCAGCCCACCCAGCCGCUCUCGAACCAGCCCUUGCUGAGGGCCCCGUUGCCACUGCAGCAAAAGAUCCUCCUGCAGAAGAUGCAGAAUCAGCCUAUCACGGGACUGGGGUACCAAGUCUCCCCGCAGCACAGGCAGGAUCAACACUCUGUGGUAGGCCAGAACGCGGGCCCCAGUCCAAGUCCCAACCCCUGCUCAAAUCCAAACACUGGAAGUGGUUACAUGAACUCCCAGCAAUCACUGUUGAAUCAGCAAUUGAUGGGAAAGAAACAGACUCUACAGAGGCAGAUCAUGGAGCAGAAGCAGCAGCUUCUCCUCCAGCAGCAGAUGCUGGCUGAUGCGGAGAAAAUUGCUCCACAAGAUCAGAUAAACAGACAUUUGACAAGGCCACCCCCAGAUUAUAAAGACCAAAGAAGAAAUGUGGGCAACAUGCAACCAGCUGCUCAGUAUUCUGGUGGCUCAUCGACAGCGAAUUUAAACUCUAACCAGGCUUUGGCAAACCCAGUUUCAACGCACACCAUCCUAACUCCAAAUUCCAGCCUCAUGUCUCCUCCUCAUGGGACACGAAUGCCGACCUUGCCCACAGGCGUUCAGAACGUAGGGAUGUACGGGAACCUGCCUUGUGGUCAACCCAGCACAUACAGCGUCACUUCAGGAAUGAGUCAACUGACCCAACCGAGGAACCCAAACCAACUGAUAGCAAAUCAAAACAGCCCUCUGAUGCCACGGCCGCCCACUUUAGGGCCCAGUAAUAACAACAGUAAUAAUGUGGCCACUUUUGGGGCUGGAUCUGUUGGCAGUUCGCAACCAUUAAGACCAAAUUUAACCCACAGCAUGGCCAGCAUGCCAGCACAGAGAACGUCGAAUGUAAUGAUCACGUCCAACACGGCAGCACCCAACUGGGCCUCUCAAGAAUCAACAGCCAAACAACAGGAGGCGCUGAAGUCUGCAGGAGUGCGCUUCCCCACCGGCACGACUACAGCCUAUGCGCCAAACCAGUCACUGCAACAGGCGGUUGGCAGCCAGCAGUUUUCCCAGAGAGCAGUGGCUCCUUCUAAUCAGUUAACACCAGCCGUGCAAAUGAGACCCAUGAACCAGAUGAGCCAGACACUAAAUGGACAAAACAUGGGUCCGCUCCGAAGUCUGAAUCUCAGACCAAAUCAGCUAAGCACACAGAUUUUGCCGACGAUGAACCAGGCAGGGACAGGGCUGAGCCAGUCGAGGACAGUCAGCCAGCCACCCUCCCUGGCAGCCGGCGGUUUUCCUUCACCCAACCAAAGUUCCAGGGCAUUUCAAGGAACUGACCAUGGCAGCGACUUAGCUUUUGACUUUCUCAACCAGCAGACUGAUAACAUGGGCCCUUCCCUAAACAGUGAUGCUGAUUUCAUCGAUUCUUUAUUGAAGACAGAGCCUGGUAAUGAUGACUGGAUGAAAGACAUCAAUCUUGAUGAAAUCUUGGGGAACAACUCCUAG